UCCACUACAAACAUGGCAUUUAAGGUAAUUGCAUUCGUGGCGCUCGCAGUCGCCGUCGUAGCCCGGCCCGAGACUCCUUCCUACUCUCCUGCUCACCCAGCCCCUUCGUACUCGCCUCCCAGUCCAUCCUACAGCGCGCCCGUCCGCCCUUCUCCUUCCUACAGUGCUCCCGUUUAUGAAGAUGUUCCGCCCCAAUACAAUGCCCAGUAUAACGUAAACGAUGAAUACUCAGGCAACAACUAUGGACAUCAAGAGGACCGUGAUGGCUACAACACUCAGGGAACAUACUAUGUACAGCUCCCCGACGGCCGUUUGCAGAAGGUCACCUACUACGUCGAUGGCGAGUCCGGCUACGUGGCAGAAGUCACCUACGAAGGGGAAGCACAGUAUCCAGCUUACGAACCAUCUACAUCCUACCAACCCGCCCCAGCUUACCAACCCCCGUCAUCUCCAUCAUACGCCUAAUGUAUUUCUUUAUUAUUUAUUGUGCGAAGUAAAUCAUGCAAUUCCAGAA